UGUGUUGCACGAAAUUAGCGUGCGUCUUGGCGGGAAAUUGCACAGUGUAGCUAUAUAAAACCCCACAGACGACGUUUCAUUUAUCUAGUCCUAGAUACCACCGGAGGCAAACUCAAGAUGCUGUCGUAUUUUGUUUGUGCCGUUCUUGUGAUGACGUCAUUUGUACAUGCAGAUGAAUUAGACGCCGACACUUUAGAGGAGUUCCAGUCUACAGUUUAUGGAAACAUCAUGGCUCAUUUAGAGGCCGAGUACCAACUCCUCGAGCCUGUCGUGGCGCUACAAAAUCAGAACAUGGAGGAUUGCAAGGUUCAAGUCAGGACUGUACAGGAGAGUUGUAAAACCUGCGCAAGAAGUCGUUGUGACUGGGAUUCCGGAGAUUUAAUUAUGGAGGGUAUGAGUGCUAUGACCGGCCGGUAUAAACGUGAGGGCGAGGAAGAAGAGGGUUUCAGUUGGGAGGAUCUUAGCGAGUUAAUCGGCAACUCUGGUGGUGACUCACCAGGAAGUUCAGGAAAGUCGAAUGGUUUUAAAAACUUUCAAAACUUUUUCAAAGAUAUUGGCAAGACAUUCUCAAACGGGUUUAACAGCAUUAAAAACACAUUUGGUAAUCUGGGCUCGAAAAUAGGCAGUGGACUCGGCAGUUUUGGCAAAACCAUUGGCUCUGGAUUUAAGACAUUCGGCAAGACUGGGUUACAAAACGCCGGCAAAGUACUAGGUGGUCUGUUUAAGUUGCGAGGACGUCGUGAUGUUGAGUCUCGUGCUAUGACGUCACUCCGGCAACAAAUAAGACAACGUUAUAUGGCCAAAAGAGUCCAAGAACUUAAUCCAGCAACCAGAGAGUGUUUAGAGCAAUGUAAUGAAUGCACGCCUUUCCUUGGAGAUCGAACUGUUUUGAUAGGUGCAGUGUGUGGUGAUCAGGUCUUACUCAACCAAGCAGCAAUGACGAAGGUGAUGAACAACAUGGAAGCGCUCUUGAAUGCCAACGGAAACCCCCUACACGGAACAACCCCUAUCAUCACUAAGAUUGAAUUCGACCAGUCGGAUUUCAGCAUGUCUGACUUUAGCGUGGGAGGCGUUUAUGUCACUGCAAAAACUCCAGAUUGCCUGGUGAGGUAUCCCAGUAACUACAGAUACAAGAUGCAGUCACCACAAACCACUGCUGAUGAGAUAGCACAAGAACUAAUGGACAAAUGGAAUGUUUAAACAUGCGAAGUAACUGAACGGUUUACCCAUGAGACGCUUCCCGAUAUAAGAACAGUGAAUUAAAAUUCGGAUGUUACAUUUUUGGAUAACAUUAAGAAAGCAGUUUUCAAUCUUGGCGUCUUAAAUAUUCAUACUUAACGGAACGUUGUUUAGUUUUUGAUAUUGUUAAUUGUUAUGUCUAGUAUCAAUAAAUGUUUUGAGAUUGUAA